ACUUCCCACUCGCUGCAGACCAACAGACAGCGUAAGAGGCAGCAGCACCCACCACUAAAAAAACUCUGAAGCUCUCCUGCAAGCAAGCCUCCCAUAUCUUCUUCUCCGGCGAGCCCCACGCCUCGCUCGCCGGAUGUCGGUGGACCCCGAUGCUGCCCCCCUCCGCUGGCACCCCGCCUGCCUCCCUCUCUAGCCCCUCCUCCUCCUUCCCCUCCCUCCCCCUCCUCCGCCCUCGCCGCCGACGAUGCCUUCCCGUCCCCAAAGCCGCCGCCUUCCCGCCCAGCAGCCGCCCACCAUCCCCACUCUCCGCCAACAACCUCCCCUCCCCCGACAACCCACCACCACCCACCUCCUCCGCCUCCGCCUCGCGCCAACCCUCACGCCCCUCCUCCACCUUCACCGCCGUCGGCUCGGGAGAAGACCCGCUGGUCUCCAAGCUCCGGACCCAGCUCGGCGUGAUCCACCCGCUCCCCUCGCCGCCGCUGCCCCCCGUCAGCCGCUCCGUGCUCGGCCUCUUCGCGCUCUUCUUCUUCGUCGGCGCCGCCUUCGACAAGCUCCUCACGCUCCGCAGGCGGCGCCGCGCCGAGCGCGAGGUCAGGGUCAACGGCACCUGGCCGCAGGUGCCCACCCCGAGCUACUCGCUCUUCCUCGAGGAGAAGGACCUGCAGCGCAAGGAGUCCGUCGAGUGGGUCAACAUGGUGCUGGGCAAGCUCUGGAAGGUCUACCGCCCCGGCAUCGAGAACUGGAUCGUUGGGCUCCUGCAGCCGGUCAUUGAUAACCUGCAGAAGCCUGAUUAUGUUAACCGGGUCGAGAUCAGGCAGUUCUACCUCGGCGAGGAGCCGCUCUCCGUCAGGAAUGUCGAGAGGCGCACGUCUCGACGAGCCAACGAUCUGCAGUAUCAAAUUGGCAUUCGUUAUGCUGGUGGUGCACGCAUGGCAUUGGCCCUCUCCUUGAAGUCCAGUGCUGUACCAAUUGUUGUGCCAGUAUGGGUCCGAGAUUUUGAUAUUGAUGGAGAGUUGUGGGUUAAACUAAGGCUUAUUCCGACAGAACCAUGGGUGGGAGCUGUGUCAUGGGCAUUUGUGUCCCUUCCAAAGAUAAAGUUUGAGCUGUCACUGUUUCGGUUCUUCAAUCUGAUGGCAAUUCCUGUUCUCUCAAUGUUUCUCACGAAACUUCUAACGGAAGAUCUGCCACGUCUCUUUGUACGGCCCAAAAAGAUUGUCCUUGAUUUUCAACAGGGUAGAGCUAUGGGACCUGUUGCAGGAGAUGUUGCAAGUGACAUCAUUCAAAAUGUUGCAAGUGGCAUAAUGCAAGAUGUUGCAACUGACUUAAUUCAAGAUGGGAAUAAGGAUUUCGUUGGAGAGCUAUCAGUGACGCUAGUUGAUGCUAGAAAGCUUAGCUUUGUCUUAUUUGGGAAGACAGAUCCAUACGUUGCCAUGAUUCUUGGUGAUCAAGUCAUAAAGAGCAAGAAAAACAGCCAAACAACUGUGACUGGCCUACCAGGAGAACCAAUUUGGAAUCAAGAUUUUCAUUUGUUAGUUGCAAAUCCUCGCAAACAAAAGCUGCGUAUUCAAGUAAAGGAUUCUAUUGGCUUGACCGACAUCACUAUUGGUACUGGCGAGGUUGAUCUAGGGUCACUUAAAGAUACAGUACCUACGGACAAGAUUGUAACAUUAUAUGGAGGGUGGGGCUUCUUCGGCAAACGAUCAUCCGGUGAAGUUCUCCUUCGCCUCACAUACAAAGCAUAUGUUGAGGAAGAAGAAGAUGAAGAGGUGAAAAGCGAGUACGCCGUGGGCUACGUUUCAGACGAGGAUGUGCUAGAUUACGUCCAGAUCAGCGGGACCAAGCCGAGCGAUUUCAACAACGGCAACGAGCGAGAGACAUUCAUGGAUCUGCUGGCUGCGCUGCUCGUGAGCGAGGAGUUCCAAGGCAUCGUGUCGUCAUCUGAAACCAGAAGCUCAAUAGAUAGCGAGCAGGUGGAGGAAUCGGAAGCUGGUGAUGAUGUCACCGCGGGCACCGUCUCCGAUGAAGUUACCGUAUCCAAUAGCCCUGAAGAUAGGGCUCUGGUCUGGCUUGCAGCUAUAACAAGUGUGAUGCUGCUUGUCUCCUCCAACCUUGGUGGUUCAGGCUACUUCAACCCUUAGAUUUUUAGAUCAAUCAUCUGGACUGAAGACAACAUCAACGCCUUCCGGUUUUCACACCCGUUUGAUCGACCGACGAGGAGAAAAUUUUGCAUCAUCUUAGCGAAUGUAUAUGCCGUAUAGCAGAGGAAUCAGGAAUGGCUCGGCAUUUUGGCGGCUAUCCUUUUUGUUCUUCUUUCCUCUUUUUUUCUUGUUUCUAAUUCAUCGUUUCUACUAAUCGAUCAUGCACAUUUGGUAUGUAUAUCCUUCUUCUUUUUCAUGUGGAAGCAAGCAAUCAUAAGAAAUUUGUGAUUGGAAGAUUGAUCCUCUUGUAGCUUCUUUUUUUGUAUGAUAAUCAAGGAGAGCUGGACAGAA